ACAAAUGUCAUGUUCAACAACGUGCGUCUUCGUGUUACUUUUACAUUUUAAAUAUAUAUAAAAAGCACUUUUUUAGACUGGGAUUUAGUAUUUUCGACAUUAUUAUUCAUUAAACCAUCUAAAAAUGUCUGACGGCCAAUUUAGUGAUUAUGAAGAGGACAUAACCAAAAAAGUUAAAUCUGUGCGGUUUGCAGAACUUCCAGUUUACAAAAUAGGAGAACCUAAAAAAGACGACGAUGAUAAUGAGGAUGAUGAUAUUGACUCGGACGACUACUUUUAUGACUCCGAUGAUCCCACACAAAAUACGAAAAAGAAUAAUGUCAAUGCACAAAACCCCACAACCAAAGUUACAUCAUACCAGCCCAGUGAAAAGCUAUUCAAAAAGUAUAUAAACAAAAUAAACAUACAGCAAUAUGAACCCAUAGUAAAUGAUAAAACUGAAAAGUUCAUGGAUUUGAAUGAUCGGAAGACAGAAAUGAUGAAAUUCAGAGUGAAAGAUAAACACGAUCGGGCUACCGCUGAGCAGGUAAUGGAUCCUCGUACUAAAAUGAUUCUUUUCAAGCUAUUAAAUAGGGGGAUCAUUAAUGAAAUAAAUGGCUGUAUAUCCACAGGCAAAGAGGCAAAUGUUUACCAUGCCAUAUCCAAGGAUGACAAAGAAUAUGCCGUUAAGAUAUUCAAAACAUCCAUUCUAGUUUUUAAAGACAGAGACAAAUAUGUAUCCGGUGAAUACAGAUUUCGCAACGGAUACUGCAGGUCUAAUCCUCGUAAAAUGGUUCGUACUUGGGCUGAAAAGGAACUGAGAAAUCUCCACAGGCUUUACAAUGCAGGUAUAAAUGUACCAGAACCCAUUAUAUUACGAAGCCACAUACUCGUCAUGGCCUUCAUGGGUGAAAACGGAUGGCCGUCACCCAAACUCAAGGAUGUUGAAAUCUCGCAAUCUACAGCAAGAUCUUUGUACAGAGAUUGCAUCACUAUGAUGUGGAAAAUGUUUAACAUCUGUAAACUGGUGCAUGCAGAUCUUUCGGAAUUCAAUAUUCUGUACCACAGGGGAAAUAUUGUUAUAAUUGAUGUGUCUCAAUCUGUUGAACACGACCAUCCACACGCCUACGAAUUUUUGAGGAAAGAUUGCACUAACAUUUCCGACUUCUUCCGAAAAAAAGGUGUAGCUACGUUGACAGUCAAGGAGUUAUUCGAUUUUAUAACCGAUGCAUCAAUCACUGUAAACAAUUUAGAGGAAUGUAUGGAGAAACUGUCGGAGAAAGUGGCCUCAAGGGAUUUUGAAGAAAUGACAGCUAAAGAACAGAUUGAGGAGGAAGCUUUCAAAAGAAUAUUUAUUCCUAAGAGAUUGACUGAGGUUAUAAAUUACGAAAGAGAUAUAAACAAAGCGAAAGAGGGUGAUACAGAUGAUUUGGCGUACAAGAAAAUUGCUGGAUUCAAUGAAGACCUCACCGGGACAGUGGAUGUGCCAGAUAUCUUGCAAGAGGACAAAAUAUCUGAUAGCGACAGCUGUUCCAGUUCAGACGAGGAUGAUGAUGAGAAAAAGGCAAAAUUCGUAAACAGUGCCAGACCGAGGGAUGAGUCACCAGACAGUAAAAAGGCAAGAAAAAAAGCAGUGAAAGAAGAGAAAGCUGAAAAGAGGAAAACAAAAACAAAGAAACACAUCAAGAAACGAAGAGACAAAGGUUCUAGUAAGAAAUAGUAUGUAUAUUUUGUUUAUAGACUGUACAUAAAACAACUCAUGUUUUUCCUAAGAGAAAAUAUAUUAUUAUAUUAUUUUACUAGAUGAUCUAGA